AGAUAUCAUUUUUACUAUAAAAAGAUACUAAUUGUUUAUGCUUGGUUUAAAAGCUUUAACCAGACAGGACAAGCAUAUUUUCUUUACUGCUGUUAAGUGGAAAAACAAGCAGAAAAAUGAAGUACAUCUUUGUCCUUGCUCUUCUGACUUGCUUGGUGUGCACUAGUAUUGCUCAAAUGCCGUGCCCAACAGAGUGUGCAGAAGAUGAAUGCUGCACUGGAGGAGGUUACCACAGAUACUGCCGCAAGCUUGGAGGAGAAAUGGACCAAUGUCAGCCCAAGAACAAGUAUAACGAUUACAGAACAGCUUGUCCAUGUCAAGAAGAAUAUUUCUGUAGUGUCAUAGGAAGAUGCCAGAAGUACGAGUAGAAAGCAGUAAGGUUUGAAACGCAAAGCUUUCAAGAUGUUUAUAUACUUCUGUAAACAACAAAAACUUCAAAAUGAAAAAUGAUUGAAAUAAAUAUGUAAAAUUCUUUA